CUGUGACCCCCAGCUGAACCUGGUUGUCUUGGUGAUGACUCUUCACAAGAUGGUGCACAGUUCCUCCGCCCUCAAACCCGACUCCAGUCGUCACGACAACCUCAGAGCGUGGACUGUGGGUUCGCUCACCCUCCUCUUCCUCCUGGUGGUGACCUGGUCUCUGGGGCUCGUCUUCCUCUCAUCUCCCUCUCUCCUCCUCUCCUACCUCUUCUCUUCCCUUAACACGGCCCAGGCUCUGCUCAUCACAAUACUGUUCUGUACACUCACUAGGAAGGGCCAUAAGGACUAUGGGAAGUGUGUGCGUCACUCCCAGUGCUGUGACUGUUCCUCCACCACCAGUUCACCUGGCUCUGUGAAGGGUGCCGCCCUACGGGCCAACAGCCGCUACUGCAGUACCAACCAGGCACGCAGGGCUACUGCUAACAGACAGAGUCGCAUUAGGAGGAUGUGGAACGAUACAGUGCGCAGACAGACUGAGUCUUCCUCAUAG